AUGAUUGACGACUUCCGCAAGAGCAACGGUGAUCAUCUUGGCCAGAAUGGCCAUACGGCCAUGCAGAACGGUUCUGGAGAGAACCCAACCAAGUUUACACUGAAAGACACUCCUGUCGAGAAUCAACGACCCAUGAGGGUUGUAAUCAUUGGAGCUGGGUUUUCUGGUAUCUAUUCAACUAUUCGAAUGACACAGAGACUGAGGAAUAUCGAUCUUACCGUCUAUGAGAUGAAUGAAGAAACAUCAGGAGUCUGGUGGUUGAACCGCUAUCCUGGCUUGGCUUGCGACAUCCCAUCAUACUGUUACCAGUUCAGCUUCGCGCCAAACCCCUAUUGGUCAUCGCUUUAUGCUCCCGGCGCCGAAAUCCGUGCAUACAUGCAGGAUAUCGCCGAGAGAUACGGUGCCAAUAGGUUCAUCAAGACUUGUCAUCAAGUCACUUCGGCCACUUGGGACUCAGAGAACAAGGUUUGGAGACUUACUGUAAAGAACAACAAGACCGGGGAGACAUUUCAAGAUACUGCAAACAUCCUAGUCUCCGCAAAAGGCGGUCUCAAUCAGAUUGCUUGGCCGCAGAUCAAGGGACUGAAGCAAUUCGCGGGUAAGCUCAUGCACUCUGGUGCUUGGGAUGAAAGUUACGAUCUGAAAAACAAACGCGUGGGAGUCAUUGGCAAUGGAUCAAGCGCCAUUCAAAUCGUGCCAGCCAUCCAGCCGCUGGAGGGCAUCAAGGUGUCCUGUUUCGCUCGAUCGCCGACUUGGAUUAUUCCUGCCUUUGGCGAUGCAGCAAUGCAAAAAUUAGGAAUGGAUCCUUCAGAGACCAAGUUCUCGCGUCGUCACCAAGAAAUGCUUGCGAGGCAGCCAGAACUUUACUACAAGAUGCGAAAGACACUCGAGGAUGAGGCUGCAGCAAUCUACCCUUUGACCUUAAUGGGCACCGAUGUACAGAACGGGGCUAAAGAAUUCUUCAAAAAGCAAAUGGAGGAGCAACUAAAAGACAGAAAAGACCUACUUCAAAUCAUUCCCAAGUUUGCCCCUGGCUGUCGUCGUUUGACGCCAGGCCCUGGAUAUCUCAGGGCGCUCCAACAAGAGAACGUCACCUUCAUCAGCCAAAAGAUUGAGGAAGUCACGGAACGAGGAAUCAAACUCGCCUCUGGGGAAGAGGUUGAUCUUGAUGUUCUGGUCUGCGCCACCGGAUACGACGUCGAAGCACCGCCAACAUUCGGAAUAAUCGGUCGCAAUGGGACAACGCUGGCGGAAAAGUGGAAGCCACACUUUGAGUCCUAUAUCUCACUGGCAGUAGACGAAUUCCCCAAUUUCUUCCUCAUCGCAGGUCCCAAUUGCGGUCUAGGCUCAGGCAGUUUGCUCAGUGUCUUCGAAGCACAGGGCGACUAUAUCGUCAAGGCGAUCCGCAAGCUUCAAAAGGAAGACUACGCUACCAUCGAGGUCAAACCCGAGCGUGUAGCUGACUUCAGUCAGUACAUAGACGAGUACUUCAAAGGUACUGUGUACACGGACGAGUGCUCAUCGUGGUAUCGCGCCGGUAGACUCGGGUCACGAGUUGUAGCCCUUUGGCCUGGGUCUUCUGCGCAGUGCCUUGAGGUCCUGAGGGCGCCGCGAUGGGAGGAUUAUAAAUUUGAGAGUGCGGAUCCUACGGGGAAUUUGCUCCGGUGGAUGGGGAAUGGUUGGAGUCAGGUGCUGACUGAGGGCGAUCCGUCGUGGUUUUUGGACCGUGAUGUUGUGGAUGCGCCGGAUGAGGGGAAACCUGAGGACAGUGAGUUCUAUAGAAGGCGACCAUUUUCACACUAG